AUGUCCACAGCACCUGCAUUGCGGCGGCAUGUUACCGUUGGAGAGCCAAGCAUUUUCAUUGGCUCUGGAAUCUUCAACAUCAAUGACGAGGUCCUCCGAUUGGCCGGUCCGAUGGGCCUCCUCCUCGCCGUUUUACUUUUCGGCGUCGUAGCAACGCUGGUCCCUGUCCCCAACGCCAUCUUCGAGUUCGUCGACACCUUUGUCGAUCACGGCGUGGCCUGGGCCGUGGGGGCCAUGUACUGGCUCGCUUACUCGUCCAUCCUCCCCAUUCAGGUGAUUGGGGCUGGGAAGCUGCUGAGGUUCCGGGGCGUCAAUGAUGAAUGGAUUCAGCUGGCAUCAGCGGGCUGGCCGUUUCUCAUCUUGACUAUCAAUCUGGUUCAUAUCAAGGGCAGCAGCAAGUGGUCGCAGAGGCCCUCAAUGACGCUCUAUGGCCUGACCUACAAGCUUGGGGGCAGUGGGAUCAAGGCUUACAUCAACGAGAGGACCGGAGUCGUGUUGCCAAAGACGGGGGCACCGGCGAUGGCCAUCCUUGUGAGCCUGAUGGCGUGGUAUCGGCUCGUCUUUCUGGAUAUCCCGCGAGAUAACGGGGCAACAAGAUGUAGCCGCGAGCUCAAAGAUGAGCAGCUCGAUAAAUUCCUCCCAAGCUCCGAAACAUACGAUACAACCACACCGCUCGCAUGGCUCCACCCAACGGCUGCUAGACUUGAUCCGCUCGGCUGUUUUGUUAUUGUUUGUAUCUGUGCCACAGUGUGGAAAACAGGUGUCAACGGCACAAAGUUUAUGGAGGUGUCCGGGGCGCACAUCCUCUUCACAGCAGUCAUCAUAAUACGCAAAACGCACAACUACUUUCGAAGGCCAGGCGCCAGAGGCUGGGUGUGCCUCGACUCGAGCGAGAGUCUCACCGGGAAGCUGAGUUCAUUGGACGACUUAUCUGGUAGAGCCGCCAAUCGCGUCAGGAGCCGGAGGAAGGCUUACCAGUGCACGAUGCGAACCAUGCCAACAGCUACGCUCACGACAACCAUGAAAUGGGGCAAUAGGGGAGGGAUGUUCAUGGGUCUUAUGAUGGGCGGCACGGCCGUGGGCGGGAAACAGCCCGGACUCAAACUAAAAUCAAUACUAGCGAGUAGCGCCCCUUCGCCGAUGAGGUCCCUGGACGGAGGUGCCAGAUAUCGGUCACUGGGAAGGAAUUGA